UGCUCGUUAUCCCAGUGGGACAGGGCAACUCCCAGCCACGUCUCCAAGCCAGCCCUGUGCCCCCUCCUCCUGCCUCCACCGUCUGAACUGCCUGGGCCGCAGACGUCUAUGGUGGAGCCUCUGGGGCCAGAUGUUAUAGGUCCCAGCUAAAAAUAACCAGGAGGGCCGGCCACCACCGGGAGUGGUGGUAGGGUGAGGGCAUGUGCUGGGCACCAGACGCAGGAUCCCAGCGACCUGGCCGAGUGUAGCUAAGAGCCUGGCAGACGGUGCACACUUCGGCUCCCCACUUCCAGCACUCACCCGGCCAGAGGGCCCCUCUUCCCUGAACAUGUGGGAGGAAAUGCCAUUUUCCGGCCGCAGGAGGGGCAGCGGCCGAAGGAAGGUCAUCUGGGCUCUGUGCUUCCUGCUGCUUCUCCUCGAAGCCGGCUCUGCCAAGAAUCUCUGGAAACGGGCAUUGCACACGAGGCUGGCAGAGAAGUCCCGCGCCGAGGAGGCGACCAGCCCCCGGCAGCCCCGCGCUGACCGCUGCCCGCCGCCGCCGCGCUCGCUGCCCCCAGGCGCCUGCCAGGCGGUGCGCUGCCAGGCCGACUCCGAGUGCCCGCGGCACCGGCGCUGCUGCUACAACGGCUGUGCCUACGCCUGCCUGGAGGCCGUGCCGCCCCCGCCAGUUUUAGACUGGCUAGUGCAGCCGAAACCUCGAUGGCUUGGCGGCAACGGCUGGCUUCUGGAUGGCCCUGAGGAGGUGUUGCAAGCCGAGGCCUGCAGCACCACAGAGGAUGGGGCAGAACCCCUCCUCUGCCCCUCGGGCUACGAGUGCCACAUCCUGAGCCCUGGGGAUGUGGCCGAGGGCAUCCCCAACCGCGGGCAGUGUGUCAAGCAGCGCCGGCAGGCAGAUGGGCAGUUCCUCCGACACAAAUUUUACAAAGAAUACCCAGAAGGAGAUUCUAAGAAUGUGGCGGAGCCUGGGAAAGGACCCCAGAGGCACUUUUCAUAAGGCAGCGGUGCCGCCAGUUGCGAGAACGUUCCUCCAUUCUUCUGCUAAGUCUUGGAAACAGUUGGAUAAAACAUGAUUUGACCCCUGGAGGUUAUGCCCAGCUUGACAGAGCAUGACCCCCAAAAUACUUAAGAGUACAGACAGCUGGCUUUCAAGACCAGCAUGCCCCGCCUG